AUGGUCAGAGGUGCUGGAAGUGAGAAGUUUAGGUCUGAUAUUAUUGAUCUUGUUAAACUACAUACUAUUGACAUUUUAGCUCUUUGUGAGCCUCGUGUUCAGUUUUCUAAAGCUAAGGAUACUUUGUUAUCUCUUGGCUUUACUGAUUAUAAAAUUGUUGAAGCUAAUGCUAAAAUCUCUCAACCAAAUGGUACUGCUUGGACGCUUACUGCUCUUUAUGCUAGCCCUACCAAUUCAGUAAGAAGUAAUCUGUGGAAGUAUUUGGAACGUCUAGCCUUCACUCAUCAUCUUCCUUGGAUUUUCAUGGGAGACUUUAAUGAGCUCUAUUCUUGUGUUGACAAGAACUUUGGUACUAUAUCUGGUAGAAUUGGAGGUCUGAAGCAUUGGGUUGAUAGCAACUUUCUUAUUGAUAUGGGGGCUCUUGCUACACUUGGUCAAACAACAGAAUUAAAGAGAGAUUGGAUAGAGCUUUCUGUACUUGCGAUUGGAGAACUCAUUUUCCUGAGGCUUUCAUCAGACAUCUUCCUAAAAUUAAAUCAGAUCACUGUCCAAUCCUGCUACAAUUACAUUCUAAUAAUUAUUGGAGACUUUGUUAAAAAAACCACCGACCUCUCCCAUGAUUUGCAGCAGUGGAACAUCAAUAUAUUCGGCAACAUUUUUAAAAGGAAAAAUCAUCUUCUUGCCCGCAUUGGUGGCAUUCAGAAAGCUACUGACAGAUACCUAAUUCCAUGGCUUUUCCCUCACAUUGAUGAUGUUGAUAUGAGUAAUUUGUGCCUUCCUGUUGACAUGAAUGAAGUUAAGAAAGCCAUGUUCUCUAUUGGUGGCCUGAAAGCUCCGGGCUAUGAUGGAUUUCUAGCAUUAUUUUAUCAAAAAUUUUGGAGUGUUUAUUCAGCUGAUGUUUUUUCUACUGUGCAAAAUGCCUUCAAUUCUAGCAUUAUCCCUGCUGGCUUGAAUCAUACUAUUAUUUCCUUAAUUCCUAAAGUUACUGGUCCUCAAAAUAUGGUUCAGUUCAGGCCUAUCAGUCUAUGCACAACAAUUUACAAGGUUAUUUCUAAGAUCAUUGUUGCAAGAAUAAGACCUUUGAUGCAGAAGCUUAUCAGUCCCAAUCAAGUAGAUCUUUCUAAAGCCUAUGAUAGACUUAGCUGGAAAUUUAUUGAAUCUGUUUUAUAUGAAACUCUUCUUCCUGAACCUUUAAGCAAGUUGAUUAUGAGCUGCAUUUCAUCCACUAGUUUUCAGAUAUGCUUCAAUGGUGAGCUCACUGACUCUUUUCAUGCUCAGAGAGGUAUCAGACAAGGUGAUCCUCUAUCACCAUACAUUUUUGUUUUGUGUAUGGAAAAGCUAUCCCACUUAAUUCAGUCGACUGUUAAUGUUGGGGUUUGGAAAGCUGUGAGAGCUUCACAAUCUGGACCUCAAAUUUCCCAUUUAUUCUUUGCGGAUGAUCUCAUGCUUUUCUCUGAAGCUACUGUUGAACGGGCCUGCAUACUCAAGAAAUGCCUUGAUAUUUUCUGCUCGUUAUCUGGUCAAGCAGUGAGUUAUGAAAAAUCUCUUAUUUUUUGUUCUCCUAAUACUAAUAAGGACAUUGCUACUGACAUCAGUUCCAUUUGUGGGUCUCCUCUCACUUCUGAUUUGGGAAAAUAUCUAGGUAUGCCACUCAUUCACUCAAGAGUCAAUAAAUUUACGUAUGUCAGUAUUCUUGAUAAGGUUCAAAGUAGACUUUCGGCUUGGAAAUGCAAAAAUUUGAGCUUAGUUGGUCGAUUAACUCUAAUUCAGUCUGUGACUGUUGCCAUUCCUAAUUAUGCCAUGCAAACUGCUAGAUUUCCUAUGUCAAUCUGUGAUGAUUUGGACAAAAUAAAUAGAAACUUCCUUUGGGAUGAUUUAGAGAGCAAGAAAAAGGUGAACUGGGAUAUUGUUUGCUUGCCUAAAUCUCUUGGAGGUCUUGGAGUAAAAAAAGCUACUGAUAUGAAUCAGGCAAUGCUAGCCAAGGCUGGAUGGAGGAUCUUUCAAAAUGACCCUGGUUUGUGGGCCUCAAUUUAUAGAGAAAAGUACUUUAAAAAUGAUGAUCUCUUUGACAAGGAUUACCACUAUCCAAAGGAUUGUUCGAGUACAUGGAAAAGUGACUCCCAUGGAGCCGAUUUAGUGAAACGAGGACUUAUUUGGAGAGUUGGAGAUGACAAGAAAAUUAAAUUCUGGAUUGAUAUUUGGCUGCCUCCUCUACCACUCAUACACUAUGCUCUUCCUGGUGCCUUUAUUGAUAGCAAUAUUACUCUAUGCUCUUUUUGGGAUGCUAAUGGUUGGAACAUUGACCUGCUAUUCUCGCUUCUUCCUUCUGGUAUUGUUAAUCAAAUUGUUCACAUUCCUCCUGGGUUUGAUGGUUGUGGAGAUGACAUUCAAAUUUGGGGUUGCACUUCGAAUGGUUCUUUCUCUGUAAAGUCUGCCUAUGGUAUCUUUUUUAAUGAUUAUACUGAGAAUAACUCUCCUUGGAAAUUCAUCUGGAGUCUGCCGAUUCCCCCGAAGCUGAAGACUUUUUUAUGGGUGCUCUGUCAUGGGAAGCUCCCGACUAAUGUGCAGAGAGCUAGAAGACAUCUUACUCAUGAUGACUCUUGUCCUAUUUGUCACAUAGCCAGUGAGUCAUUAUCUCAUCUUUUUAAAGAUUGUCCUGCUGUUUAUUGUAUAUGGAACUCCUUCUCUUUGCCUGAAUCUGUUUGGAACACCUUUAACAUGGAUUGGGAGGGUUGGUUAAACGCUCAUCUCCACUGCACUACUAAAAUAAGCGCUGGAGUUCAGUGGUGCUCAGUCUUUGUCUUUAUUUGCUGGUAUAUCUGGAAGUGGAGAAACAAAAAUAGUUUGUCUGGCAAAAUUGGUGCUGGUGGUGUUAUCAGAUCUUCCUCUGCAGAUUGGAUCAAAGGGUUUCAAGUAAACCUAGGCAUUUGUGAGGUUUUGGAUGCAGAAACAUGGGGUUUGUAUUAUGGCCUUAGGCAAGCUCUUGCUUGUCAUAUUACUAAGAUCGAGGUUGAGUCGGAUUCUGCAAUUUUGGUGAAACUUAUUCUUGAUAGUGAUGUUUCUAUCCAGCCUCUUGGCUCUCUGAUUGAUUGCUGCAAUGCUUUGAUCAAGAAGUUUCAAUCUUUCUCCCUAAAGCACAUCUAUCGUGAAUGCAAUAUGGUGGCAGAUUGCCUUGCUAAGAACAGGGCCGGCCCUGUGAGUUCGGAGGCUCAAGGCGAAAAAAAAUUUGAGGCCCCAAAACCAACAUAUACAUACAGCAAGAAAACUGGGUAA